AUGAAAGUCUUUCUAAUAUUUAUAUUAUUCAUAUUUAUCCAUAAUUAUGUUUGUGAACAAACAGAUGAAAAGAUCUUCGAUGGUUCUGAAGCAACACCUCAUGCAUUUCCUUGGAUGGUUUCAGUACGUUUCAAUUUUCUCAAUACUUUCACAAGUACUUGUGGUGGUGUGAUUAUUUCUGACAUAUUUUUAUUAACAGCUGCUAGUUGUUUCGAAGGAAGCGCAAUGUAUCUUACAAAUUAUUUUACAAUUAAAGCAGGCAUACAUAUGCUUACAAAUGGAAAUGAAUCAACAGAACAAAUUAGUUUUAUUUCUCAUUAUAUUCCCCAUCCAAAUUAUAUGUAUAAUGGUCUUCUUAAUGAUAUUGCAUUAGUACGAGUUUUACCACCAUUUCAAUUCGAUACAUUAAGUGUAGCACCUAUUUCAUUAUCAAAUUUAAUAUCAGUAGAAAAUAUGAAUUUAACGACAAUUGGUUGGGGUGAUCGAAAUCUAUCAAAUCCUACUGUAUUAUCUUCGACUUUACAACAGGUAACUAUACAAGAGAAUGUUGAAUGUACAAAGAAUAAAAUGAAAGAUCCAACUACACAACUUUGCGCGACCGGAGCUUGUGAAGGUGAUAUGGGUGGUCCAUUGAUGAUCUAUUCAGAUGAUAAACAACAAUAUGAACUUGUUGGUAUUACAAGUCAUCGUAGUGAAUGUACUACAGAAGGUGUAUAUACUCGUGUUGCUCCUUUUAUUGAUUGGAUCUCAGAUAUAUUAGCAAAUCCACCAUCUACUCCAAUGCCAAUACAAACAAUUCCAUCACAACCACCACCAGUACCAACAACUCUACCACCAGAAAUACUUGGUCCUCCAAUUCCAUUUGUAUGUGAUACGAGUCGUUCAUGUGGAUGUUCAUCAACACCAGUUGUCUUUCAUGAUGAACCACCAUUUCCUCCCGUUCCAGAACAUAAUCAAGGUCGAAUUGUUGGUGGUGAAACAGCUCAACCUCAUAGUUGGCCUUGGGUAGUAUCACUUCGACAUCCUAGUUUUGGUCAUGGUUGUGGUGGAUCUAUUAUUAAUAGUGAAUGGAUAUUAACAGCUGCUCAUUGUUCACCAAGUCUCUCACAUAUUGUUCAUAUUGGUGUUCAUGAUGAACAAUCAUCAUCUCCUCAAAUUCGUAAUGUUGUUAAAGCAAUUUCACAUCCAUAUUAUAUACCUUCACCUAAAUUCAUCAAUGAUAUUGCUUUGAUGAAAGUUUCACCACCAAUUAAUCUUACAACAUCUGAUACUCAUGCUGGUCUUACUUGUUUACCACCACAAAAUGAUAAUCUAGACUAUCCAAAGGAAGGCACACGAUUAGCAGUAAUUGGAUGGGGUACAUUAUCUUCAGGAGGUCCUCGACCAACAAAAUUACGUCAAGUUCGUGUUAAAACAUUAGCACAUGAUGAUUGGCGAUGUAUUAAUGCAACAUAUGACGAUACUCGACAAUUUUGUGCUGCGGUUGAUGGUGGUGGAAAAGAUAGUUGUCAAGGUGAUAGUGGUGGUCCGAUACAUCAAUGGCUUGAUGAUCACUGGGAACAAGUAGGAAUUGUAAGUUAUGGUAUAGGUUGUGCACUUGCAAAUCAUCCUGGUGUAUAUACACGAUUAUCAUUUUAUUAUGAUUGGAUUCAAUCUAAUAUUAAUGAAACACCUAUGUCAUCAACUAUAAUGACUACAUCAAAUAUUAUUACAUCAACAACAACUGAAUCAAGUAUUAUUACAACAACAGCAACUGAAUCUAAUCAAGCUGUUGUAAUAAAAACAAAUUUAUUUUCCACUUUAAUUCUAUAUAUUGCAUUUCAAUUCUUAUUUUUAUUAUAA